AAAUGUGCCAAAAGUCAACCUAACUUUCAAUCCAAAAGUUUAAAAAGAUAAGUCGAGAAAUCGCAAAAUGUUAUUCCUAGCUAGCAACAAUACAACCCUUGGCGAGGCACCCCAUUAUGAAGCGCAUAGAAGUUAUAUCGUCCCAGCGUCUAAGGCAUCAUGCUCUUACAUCAUGAAGUUGGAGUGGGACGAGAUGUGCAUUUUCGUUCGGCAGAACCCUAAAUGUCAUGAAUUUGAAUGGCUUAUCAACUGGAUGUACUUCAUGUUCUGUGAAAUGGAUAUGGACACCACAACAUUUACGACCAUGAUAGCUAUUAUAGUUGGGAUUGUGUUACUGAUUAUUUUGUCCCUAGUCAUUAUUUCGUUUGUGAGGAUGGCUCCAUGUUUCCUCGCAACUGCUCAUCUACUUCGGUUCGACGAACACUCAGCGGGAUCAGUCUACCUAGUACUACUCACAUAUGGAGGCGAUGUUAUUGAAAAUGCCCACAUUUUUAACGUUGAUACAUCAACAGCUUUCAAUGAAACAUUGGGAUCAGCUAUUUUCACCCUAGCUGUUUUUGGAGGAGCCUUGGCGGUUGUCAACCAAUUCGCCCUCACUCCUGCAUACUUCGUUCGGGAUACAGUGUUCGCACUUUUCGGUUUGAUAUUCACAACGGUUGUGUAUGUUCACGAGGAGAUCGAUUUACACUAUGCUCUGAUUUUCAUGGGAAUCUACUUCCUGUACUUAGUGUACGUGGUAGUGGAGUUUCUUAUUCAUCAGGCGUUAUACAAAGUUGAAUCCAAGCACAGUCAAGAGAGGGGGCUCGAUUUCUCUAUCGACGAUAUGGCACCUGCGCAUCAACCUAUCCAAUUGAAAUUCGAAGUAAAUGAUUCAUUGCAGUACGGAGAAUUGGAAGGACCAAACACCUUCCUCUUCAAGCAGUUUUUCACAUCUCUAAAUCCAAUUCGUCUGGAUGUGAUGAAAGAAAUGAACACUUUUUUCAAAUGCUGCUUUCUUGUUGGGAUGCCUCUCCAUGUAAUCUACAUUUUGUGCAUUCCUUGCUUCGAUUAUAAACUUCCCAAUCAUGGCUGGUCAAAACUGACGAUAUGUGUGAACUUAGUCGUCGCAGGACCUAUAUUGGUGUCCUUGUUCACUUUCAGUGGGACGCCGUACAUAUUCGCAUGGAUACCAGGCACUCUACUUGCUGUCGCUGUCUUCUUUACUUCACGAACAGAUCGGCCACCCAAAUACCACAUUGCAUUCGCUUUCCUAGGAGUUAUAAUGUGCAUGGCAUUCCACUUUGUCUUGGAGCAUGAACUAAUGAAUCUAUUCCACAACCUUGGUCUCUUCAUGGGAAUCAGGCGCCAAACAAUUGGUCUUUCUUUCCUAGCGUGGGCAGAUAAUAUAACAUUGGCAGUAUGGAUAUCAAGACUAGCGGACUGGGGAUAUUCCAGGACUUCUUUCGCGGCGGUUUAUAUGGGCGUACUAUUGGAUAUGAUAUACAGCUUAGGACUCAUAUUCACAAUCAAAUGCCGGAAUUCAUGGAAAUACUCUGUUCACACACGCCAAGGAGUUUCCGGUCCAACGAGCUCCAUUUACGCGAUUUUUCUAUAUGGAUUUGUGUUCUUCGGUGUUAGCAUAUGCAAAUUCCAAGUGCGGAAGAGCCUGGGAGUCGCACUCCUGCUAUACUACUUCAUUUACUUGCUUCAUAGUUAUCUUGUGGAAUUCGAAGUGAUCCAUGGAAUGGGCACGGAUCAUUCUGGAGUGGUUUACGUAGGAGCAAAAUGGGCGUGAAAUCAAGCUCCGGACAACAACUGAAG